AUGGAAGGUAGGCUAAGAAGAGAUUACUUGACUCUGGGCUGCCAAGCCGAGCCCCUCUGCACAGUGAUCAGAAUGCUUCCGUUGGGUGCAGACUUUUGGCUUUUGGAGAUGGUGCCCCCUCGGAGGGCUCUCUGCCUCUUCCUCCUCCUACUUUACCUCCCCCUGGGCACCUCCUGCCCCCCAAACUGCCAGUGCUCAGACAGCAGUGGUCUGAUGACCGUGCACUGCAGUUCCAAAAACCUCAAGGAGAUCCCCAGAGACAUACCCAAGGACACGGUGUUCUUGAAGCUUGAUGCCAACCAGCUCACCCAGAUCCCAAGCCAUGCGUUCUCAGGUCUGAGCCUCCUGCAGGAGCUAGACUUAUCCCAGAACACGAUUGAGAAGCUAGAUGUUGCUGCCUUCCAGGGCCUGCCUAGCAGUCUCAGACUGCUGGACCUCUCCCACAAUCAUCUCCGGAGCCUUCCCAAGGAUGCGUUGGUCAGGUUGAAGGCCAAGAUCCGACUGUCCCACAAUCCUUGGCACUGCGAAUGUGCCUUACAGGAGGUCCUUUGGGAGCUGAAACUGGAUCCUGUGUCGGUCAAUGAGAUGGCCUGCCAGACGUCUGUGCGGGAAGAGGCGGUGGGGAAACCACUGGUGCAAGUCCUGGACUCGGGAGCCAACUUCUGCAGCUCCCGCCACAAGACCACUGAUGUCGCCAUGUUCAUCGCCAUGUUCGGCUGGUUCACCAUGGUCAUCACCUACGUGGUGCGCUAUGUGCGACAGAACCAGGAAGAUGCCCGGAAACACCUGGAGUACCUGAAGAACCUGCCCCCCUGUGCCCCAGGGGCCAGCAGUGCCCCCAGUGUAGCCCUGGAGCUGUAG